AUCUUGUCAGCACGCUGAGCUGCGCGGAUCCCAGCCUCUGUCUCGCUCUACAAGUCAAGUUAAAGCAAUGAAGAUAAUGAAACGGCCCAACAUUCUGCUCACAGUCCGUGUGUCUGUUGUUACAGGUACGCCGGGAGUUGGAAAGACAACCCUAGGUAAAGAGCUUGCUCAACGGACGGGCCUCACUUAUAUCAACAUAGGUGACCUAGCACAAGAAGGUCAGCUCUUUGAUGGUUUUGAUGACGACUACCAGUGUCCUGUUUUGGAUGAGGAUAGGGUUGUCGAUGAGCUUGAGGAGAAGAUGGUGGACGGGGGUGUCAUAGUGGACUAUCAUGGUUGUGACUUUUUUCCAGAGCGCUGGUUUCAUAUUGUGUUUGUCCUUCGCACGGAUAACACAAAUCUCUACAGCCGUCUAGAAAGCAGGGGCUACACAGGGAAGAAACUGCAGGACAACGUCCAAUGUGAGAUCUUUCAGACCAUUUAUGAGGAGGCCAUGGAGGCCUACAAGGAGGACCUGGUUCAUCAGCUACCGAGCAAUAAGCCAGAGGACCUUGAGAGCAACAUGGAUCGUAUUGUCGAGUGGAUGGACCAGUGGAUAAAAAAUAACAACUAGUGUGUAGGAAGAACACAUACAUUGACUUGUAUGAUUGGUCCUCACAGAUAGAGCAAGAUAUGGACAUUAUAUGUGGCGUAUUCGCAGAAGACAAACAUUAUUGGGAAAUUAGUAGGCAUGUGUGACUUUUUCUUUUUGAAUAAAAAAAAUGAAUUCUUCCAUAA